ACGCCAUGACAAGAGCUCCGUGUGUCCUGUUCGUUUCUUGAUCAUUUCAUUAUCACGAGGAAUACAAAUAUUUCAAACGCUGCAGAAUGGAGGGAUUGGUAAAGUCACAGUUUUGGAGGUAUGUAAUGGUCAUUCUGUUUUUCUCCGCUAUUUUGGACACCGCGUCCUCUGUUACGCACUAUUCUAUCCCAGAAGAAAUGGAGGAAGGCUCUGUUGUGGCUAAUUUAGCGUCAGAUUUGGAUCUGGAUGUGAAAACACUGAGCAGACGAAAAAUGCGACUCGAUAUUAGGUCUAACAAAAAAUAUCUCGAUGUCAACAAAGAGACAGGAGAGCUCUACAUUUUAGAAAAGAUGGAUAGAGAAUAUCUCUGUAUAUCAAAAACAACAUGUUUUAUCAAAAUGGAAGUCACACUCGAGAAUCCUGUGCGAAUGUUUAACAUUGAAAUUGAAAUUGUGGAUAUAAAUGAUAAUGCUCCCCAGUUUUGGAGGGAUUCAAUCAGUCUGGAUAUAUCAGAAUCUACAGCAGCCGGAGAGAGAUUCUCGCUCAGUAAUGCGGUGGAUCCUGAUAUUGGCUCAAAUUCGAUAAAAACGUAUUAUUUGAGUGAGAGCGAACAUUUUGACAUUGAAAUACAAACAGGGAGAGACGGAUCAAAAUUUGCUGAUUUGAUUCUGAAAAAGAAUUUAGACAGAGAAGAACAAGCUUUACAUAAUCUGAUCCUCACUGCUGUGGAUGGAGGAGUCCCCGCGCGCUCUGGCACGGCUAGCAUUAUUGUGCGCGUUCUGGACACUAAUGACAACGCCCCUCAGUUCGAUAAAGACAGUUAUACUAUAAAUCUAACAGAAAACUCGCCUACUGGAAGCCUUGUAGUGAAAUUAAACGCCACAGAUAAAGACGAGGGAUUAAAUUCAGAUUUACUUUACUCAUUUAGUUUGUAUACAUCAGAGAAAACGCAGCAAACAUUCAGUCUGAAUCCUAACAAUGGUGAAAUCAGAGUGAAAGAAAUGAUUAAUUAUGAGGAUUUCAGGAUCUAUGAUAUGGAAAUUAUAGCAACAGAUAAAGCAGCUAAUAGUCUCUCUGGAAAGUGUAAAGUAAAGAUUUUAGUGACAGAUAUGAACGACAAUCAUCCUGAAAUUUCCAUAAAAUCAUUCACAAGUCCAGUUAAAGAAGAUGUACCUGUAAAUACAGUAAUUGCAGUUGUUAGUGUGAGUGAUAAAGACUCAGGAGAAAAUGGACAGGUAGAUAUUCAUAUUUCUGAUGAUUUACCUUUUGCGCUUAAAGAAUCAUCUGAUAAUUAUUAUGAAUUAUUAAUUUCAGAACCGUUAGACCGUGAAAAGGUUGCAGAAUAUGACAUCACUAUUACCGUCACUGACAGGGGGAACCCGCCGUUAUCUGAUAAUGAAACUAUAACUUUAGAGCUACUGGACGUUAAUGACAAUGUUCCUCAGUUCCCGCAGACAUUCUACACGAUACCUGUUAUGGAGAAUAACGCGCCUGGAGCUUCACUGAGCUCUUUAACUGCUGUAGACCCAGAUCUCCAUGAAAAUCAGUAUCUAGUUUAUUUUAUAAUAGAGAAGGAAAUAGUGAACACCUCCAUGUCCAUGCUGUUCUCCAUUAACCCAGAGAACGGUAAUCUUUACGCGCUAAAGACCUUUGACUAUGAGAUGGAGAAGGAGUUUCUUUUCCACAUCGAGGCCAGAGACUCUGGUGUUCCUCCGCUCAGCAGUAACGUGACCGUUCACAUUAUUAUCAUGGAUCAGAACGACAACACACCGCUUAUAGUGUCUCCAUGGCGCGCGCACGGCUCGGAGGUGAAGGAAAAGAUCCCGAGAUCCACAGAUAAAGGAACUCUGAUAGCCAAAGUCAUCGCCAUAGACUCUGACUCAGUGCACAACUCUCGAAUCACGUACCAGUUCCUCCAGAACACCGACGCCACGUUGUUCAGCUUGGAUCAAUACAACGGAGAGAUCCGGACCAUGAGAAUGUUCAGUUACAGAGACUCGCGAGACCAGCGGCUGGUGGUGAUCGCCAAAGACAACGGAGAGCCCGCGCUCUCUGCUACAGUCACCAUCAAACUGUCCACGGUGGAGACCGCCCUCAAAACCUAUACUGAGGUGCCUUUGGAAUAUGACAUCUUCUCAGAUCUAAACCUGUAUCUGGUGAUCGGCCUGGGCUCUGUCUCAUUUCUUUUACUCAUCACUAUACUGGUGACCAUCGUGCUGAAGUGUCAGAAAGCGAAGCCCAGCAAAGCGGCUCCUCCGUGCAGGAACAGUGUGAUCAGCGAGAGGAACUCGACCAUCGCGGAUUCCACUCUGGUCUCCAACGAUGCCUACUGGUACAGUUUAUUUCUAGCAGAGACGAGGAAAGGAAAGCUGGUGGUCAGACAGCCUGCGCCAAAGGGAGCGAGAUACAUCGUGUCCAGUUUACCGAGGAGCACAGGAGUGACCGAGACCAGCGACUCAGCCGCUUCUACUCUACAGGUAAGAAUAAUAAGUACCCCCCUCUUUCUUUCUUUUAUGCUUCUGUUUGAGCUUUUAGACAAAAUGUUUAUGUUGUGA